CUUACCACAACCUUUAGUCUGAUCUCUUCAAUCAAUCUCUGAGUUUCAAGUUCAUCUAAUAUGGAACCACCGAAUGACUCUAGUUUUUCCGUCAACAGGUCGCUGCAUAAGCAAUUUAUGAGACAGGGAUUCAGCCCCAUUGUCCCUGUCAACCAGGGGAUGAGAGCUUACUUCGAUGAAGCUGACCUUGAAGACCCUGAGCCUUGGCUCCUCAAACCCGAAGUUCCAUCGUCUAGCGAGGUAAUGGGAACUGAAUCCGACACUGAAUUCAUUGAUUUGUUGCCGAACCGGAUCAUAGGUCCCUGGAAAUCAAAGACUGAGUACCUAAAAGCCCAUUAUGAGUUGCUUAGAGAAGACUCAGUCGCUCCACUACGUGAUGCCGUAGCAUACGUCCGAGAAGAUCCUCAGAUGCAAGAUUCUCGUACCGUAUUUGUCUACGACAAGGUUCACAUUGUGGGCAUUACCUUCUCACCACAAGGUCUAGCUUUUCGGAUUAGAUUCUCUAGCAAUAGAUCGGGGAAGAACAUUGUCUGGGAAUACUCUAAGAGACUAGUCACUGGUACCAUUGUGGCACUUUCGCCUGUAAAUGAUGUGUUCAAAAGAGAGUGUGUCGUUGCCGUCGUUGCAGCUCGACCAUUAGACCAGUUAAAACAGCAGCCCUCAGAGAUUGACAUCUACUUUGCGCAGCCUGAAGAUGCAGACUUCGAUCCUCAUCAAGAAUGGAUUAUGGUUGAGGCCAGAACUGGUUACUACGAGUCCAUGAGACACACAAUGACAGCUUUGCAGAAAAUGAACCGAGAAAGAUUUCCCCUGGCCGAACACAUCUGCUUUCUCAAUCCAAAGAUCAAUGCCCCAGAGUACAUCAAAGCAAACGCUGUCAUGGACAUACAAUCAGCUAUUGAUCCAUUAGGAGAAGGAAGUCCAAUCAAUGUUCUAGAGAGAUGGCCUAAGUGUCCUAUAGGCGAUUUGGAUACCACGCAAUGGAGAGCCUUGCAUCGAAUGCUUACGAAGAGCUUUGCCAUUGUUCAAGGGCCCCCAGGCACCGGAAAGACGUUCGUCUCGGUUAUUGCGUUGAGAAUCAUGCUUUCCAACAUAAGAACAGGCGACCCUCCCAUUAUAAUUGCAUCUCAGACAAACCAUGCGCUAGAUCAGCUCCUGGCGCAUGUUUCUCAUUUUGAAAGGGACUACAUUCGCUUGGGAGGCAGAAGUGAUGAUCCAGAGAUAAAGAGGCGCACCCUUUAUGCCAUCAGGCAACAGGAACCAGUUGUCACAGUCCAUGGUAGCGUACUUGGGCAAGCCCAAAGGCGAUAUAGGGGGUUCCAUCAGACAAUCGCCGAGCUCUUGCGGGACUUCAAUGCCGAGAACGCCGACACACCCCUUCCAUCUGAUCUUUUUGCAAAAUAUGGCCUACUAACAGCUACACAGUGUAAGUCUCUUGUGAAGGGCGCAAAGGGCUGGGUACGACCUGGCGAUAAAAACGGGGCUGAUCCCUUAUCGGCGUGGCUUGGAGAGCAAGUGGUACAGUUCGAGGUGCAUUACACAGCAGAUAACUUUGGCUUUGAGGACGACGAGAUCGAUUUGGAGUAUGAGCAGCUUAAAGAGUUAGAAGCUGAGCAGGGGAUAGAAGAUGAUGACUACGAGAGUCUCAAAGGACCGUUCAUUUGUCUUCAAGAAGGGUUCUGUGGACAAGAUGCGUCGGUCUCGGAAAACACUAGUCGGAGGUACCUUAAGGAGCCCGACAUGUGGAAAAUACCAGUCAAAGCACGCGGAGCAGUCUAUGAUCUCCUUCGGAAGCUAGCUAAGUUUCAGAUCAGACAGAAAUUCCGAAGCUUGGCUACCCUUUACACACGCAAUUGCAAAGACCUCCGCAUCGGGAAGUGGGAACGAGACAAUUACAUCCUCCAGAACACUAAGGUGAUUGGGGUGACAACAACCGGCCUUAGCAAGUAUCGGGCUCUUAUAUCGAGUCUGAAGCCGAAGGUUGUUUUAAUAGAAGAAGCAGCGGAAGCUAUUGAAGCACCGAUAGCAGCUGCUUGUCUCGAUUCUCUUCAGCAUAUGAUCCUUGUGGGCGAUCAUAAACAACUAAGGGGAAGCUGCUCAGUGAAGGACCUUGAGAGUGAACCAUUCUUUCUAGACAUUUCAAUGUUCGAGAGACUAGUGCAUAACGGGAUUAAAUACGAAAUUUUGAGGAAACAGAGACGGAUGGCUCCAGAGAUACGUCGAUUGUUGGAGCCAAUUUACGGCGAACUUCAAGACCACCCAUCCGUACUUGAACGCCCUAAAGUGCCUGGAAUGGGGAAUGUUCGAUCAUACUUCUUUUCUCAUAACUGGCCAGAGAGUCAUGACAGCUUAGCUUCGAAGUUCAAUGAGAAGGAGGCGGAAAUGAUUCUAGGGUUCUUUAUCCACCUAGUGCUCAAUGGCGUUGCGGUUAAGGACAUUACUGUCCUAACAUUCUAUAAUGGCCAGAGAAAGAAACUGCUCAAGUUGUUCAAGGAUAGCUCCUACCUCCAGGGCCAUUAUGUGAAUGUUUCAACUGUCGACUCAUUUCAGGGUGAAGAGAACGAGGUUGUCAUCCUAUCCCUGGUCAGGAGCGGCAAGCCCAGCAUUGGGUUUCUGUCCGUAGAAAACAGGGUCUGCGUUGCGCUUUCGCGUGCUAAAAGCGGCUUCUACCUCUUUGGAAAUUCCACAACGCUCGCUGACGUAGAUCCUCUCUGGUGGCAAUUGGUCACUAUCAUGGGGAGCAAGAACCCAACACGGCGACUUGGGUUUAACCUACCUUUGACGUGUAUGAAGCAUGACAAUGUGAUAUAUAGGAAAGAUCCCUCCGAGUGGGAGACCGCCUACGGGGGCUGUGAUCUUCCAUGCAACGAACGUCUCGGAUGUGGCCACCGGUGUCCUCUCCCAUGUCAUAGCUUUUCUCAUGAUCGAGUCAAAUGCAAUGAGGUAUGUGACCGACGGAUGCGGUGCGGCCACAGAUGUGACAAACGCUGCUACGGACCCCAUGUAUGUUCCUGUGGGUGUCGACUGAGCUUCGCGAUCGACCAUGACUCGGAGAAUUUGGAAGGCUUGCCUUCUAGAACCAAUAGUGGCAUAUGUGAGGAAGAGAGUCUACGUCAAGCUGCGGUUCGAAAGUACCAAGCUUUUGCGAACGGAGGUGCCAAGGAGCAGGACGCACACUUUUCCAGAAUGGCCGAGUUAGAGAAGUAGUGCAGAAGUUAGGUACGAUGCAAGGUGAUAUUACUGUGUAUCAGCUAGGUGAGAAUGUCUCUUUAUAUUCUCCAUUCGCUGUGGUCCCCGGAUAAUAUAUUUCAGGAAUCGAGGAAAUAAAUUGAUGCAUAAGCCUAACACCAUAGAGCG